AGUGCGUCGGCGUAGGGUUGAGCGGGCUUUUUGGACGGCGCUGGCGGCGGUGGUGCUGAGGUCCUUGGUAUGAACAACAAUGGACCAAAAAAUUUUAUCUCUAGCAACAGAUAAAGCAACAGGCAAACUGCAGGCAUUUCUUCAAAACCUGAAAGAUGAGGAUUUGACUAGUCUCCUUCAGAAUCAAGCAGUGAAAGGAAGAGCCACUGGAGCACUCCUCAGAGCCAUCUUUAAAGGUUCCCCUUGCUCAGAGGAGGAUGGAGCUCUUAGGAGACAUAAGGUAUACACUUGGUGUAUCCAGCUGGUUGAAUCAGGAGAGUUGCAGCAAGAUGUUUCAUCUGAGAUCAUAGGAUUACUAAUGCUGGAGGCUCACCAUUUUCCAGGACCAUUAUUGGUUGAAUUAGCCAAUGAGUUUGUUGUUGCUAUCAAAGAGGGCAACCUAGUGAAUGGAAAGUCUUUGGAGUUACUGCCCAUUAUUCUCACAGCCUUGGCUACUAAAAAAGAAGGUUUGGCUUAUGGAAAAGGUGAUUUUAAUGGGGAAGAGUGUAAGAAGCAGUUGAUUAACACCCUCUGUUCUGGCCAAUGGGAUCAACAGUAUGUAAUCCAGCUCACCUCCAUGUUCAAGGAUGUCCCUUUGACUGCAGAAGAGGUGGAGUUUGUGGUGGCAAAAGUGUUGAAAAUGUUUUCUAAAUUGAAUCUUCAAGAAAUACCGCCUUUGGUCUAUCAGCUUCUGGUUCUGUCAUCAAAGGGAAGCCGAAAGAGUGUUCUGGAUGGAAUAAUAACCUUCUUCAGUGAGCUGGAUAAACAGCACAGUGAAGAACAAAGUGGUGAAGAGUUGUUAGAUGUUGUUGCCAUGCCAUCAGAUGAGCUUCAUCAUGUGGAAGGGACCAUUAUUCUGCACAUUGUGUUUGCCAUUAAAUUGGACUGUGAACUAGGCAGAGAACUUCUGAAGCAUGUAAAGGUGGGACAGCAAGGAGAUUCCAGUAAAUACUUAUGUCCUUUCAGUAUUGCUCUACUGCUCUCUGUAACAAGAAUACAAAGAUUUAACGAACAGGUGUUUGAUCUUUUAAAGGCUUCAGUUAUAAAAUAUUUUAAGGAUCUUCAGCUCCUCCAAGGCUCAAAAUUUCUUCAGAAUCUAGUCCCUGCUAGAGCUUGUGUUUCAACUAUGAUCUUGCAAGUAGUAAAGAAUAGUGUUCAUAGUUGGGAUCAUGUAGUACAAGGCCUGGUAGAACUUGGUUUCAUUUUAAUGGAUUCAUAUGGGCCAAAGAAGAUUCUUGAUGGAAAAGCUGUUGAAAGCUUCAGUCUUUCUAAAAUGCCAAACCAGCAUGCGUGUAAGCUGGGAGCUAAUAUCCUGUUGGAAACUUUUAAGAUACAUGACAUGAUCAGACAAGAAAUUCUGGAACAAGUCCUCAAUAGAGUUGUGACUCGAGCAUCCUCUCCAAUCAGUCAUUUCUUAGAGUUGCUUUCAGACAUCAUCAUGUAUGCACCCUUAAUUCUUCAGAGUUGUUCUUCAAAAGUCACAGAAACUUUUGACUGUUUGUCCUUCCUGCCCCUUCAGACUGUACAAGGGCUGCUUAAGGCAGUGCAGCCACUUCUCAAAAUCAGCAUGUCAAUCAGAGACUCAUUGAUAAUUGUCCUUCGGAAAGCUAUGUUUGCCAGCCAGCUUGAUGCACGAAAAUCUGCUGUUGCUGGGUUUUUGCUGCUUCUGAAGAACUUUAAAGUUUUAGGAAGCUUGUCUUCUUCUCAAUGCAGUCAGUCUAUUGGUAUCAGUCAGGUUCAGGUGGAUGUUCACAGCCGUUACAAUUCUGUUGCCAAUGAAACAUUUUGCCUUGAGAUCAUGGAUAGUUUGAGAAGAUGCUUAGGGCAGCAGGCUGAUGUUCGACUCAUGCUUUAUGAGGGGUUAUAUGAUGUUCUUCGAAGGAACUCUCAACUGGCAAGUUCAAUCAUGCAGACUCUGCUUUCACAGUUAAACCAGUACUAUGAACCAGAACCUGACCUGCUGCCUCCUCUGAAAUUAGGAGCUUGUGUUCUGACCCAAGGAAAUCAGAUCUCCCUACAAGAACCAUUGGAUCAUCUGCUGUCUUGUAUUCAGCAUUGUUUGGCCUGGUAUAAAAGUAGAGUGGUCCCCUUACGACAGGGAGAUGAUGAGGAAGAAGAGGGAUUUUAUCAUGAACUAGAUGAUAUGUUGGAAUCUAUUACUAAUAGAGUGAUUAAGAGUGAACUGGAAGAUUUUGAACUGGAUAAGUCAUCAGAUUUUUCUCAGAGCACUGAUGUUGGCAUCAGAAAUAAUAUCUUUGCAUGUCUCAUGAUGGGAGUUUGUGAAGUGCUAAUAGAAUAUAAUUUCUCCAUAAGUAAUUUUAGUAAGAGUAAGUUUGAGGAGAUUCUGAGCUUAUUUAUGUGUUACAAGAAGUUUUCUGACAUCCUUAAUGAAAAGACUGGUAAAGGCAAAACCAAAAUGGCCAGUAAGGCAAAUGAUAGUUUACUAUCCAUGAAAUUUGUGUCUGAUCUUCUCACUGCUCUUUUCAGGGAUAGCACCCAAAGCCAUGAAGAGAGCCUGUCUGUUCUCAGGUCCAGCAAUGAAUUUAUGCACUAUGCAGUGAAUGUAGCUCUGAAGAAAGUACAACAACUGAUACAAAGAGGGCAUGUGAGUGGUCCUGAUGGCCAAAACCUAGACAAGGUCUUUCAGAACCUCUGUGACAUAACUCGCGUCUUGCUAUGGAGAUACACUUCAAUCCCUACUUCAGUGGAAGAAUCAGGAAAGAAAGAGAAAGGAAAGAGUAUCUCACUGCUGUGUUUGGAGGGUUUGCAGAAGAUAUUCAGCGCUGUGCAACAGUUCUAUCAGCCCAAGAUUCAACAGUUUUUCAGGGCUCUGGAUGUCACAGAUCCAAAAGAUGAAGAAGAUACAGAUGUCAGUGUCACUCAAAGAGCUGUAUUCCAGAUCCGGCAGUUUCAGAGGUCCUUGUUGAAUUUACUUAGCAAUGAAGAGGAAGAUUUUAAUAGUAAAGAAGCCCUCUUACUCGUCACUGUGCUCUCCACUUUGUCUAAGCUGCUGGAGCCCACCUCGGCUCAGUUUGCACAGGUAUUGUCCUGGACUUCUAAGAUAUGCAAGGAAAAUAGCUGGGAGGAUGCCUCAUUUUGCAGAAGCUUGAUGAACCUGCUCUUCAGCCUGCAUGUUUUAUGUAAGAGUCCUGUCACUGUGCUUCGUGACUUGUCCCAGGAUAUCCAUGGGCAGCUGGGAGAUAUAGACCAGGAUGUAGAAGUGGAGAAAACAAACCACUAUGCUAUGGUGAAUUUGAGAACAGCUGCCCCCACUGUCUGCUUACUUGUACUGAGUCAGGCUGAGAAGAUUCUGGAAGAAGUGGACUGGUUAAUCACCAAACUUAAAGGACAAGUGAGCCAAGAUACACUGUCAGAAGAAUCCUCUUCUCAAGCAGUUCCACCAAACCUUCCCGCCGAGAAAGCCAUCAUCAUGCAACUGGGAACCCUGAUUACAUUUUUCCAUGAGCUAGUACAGACAGCCCUGCCAUCGGGCAGCUGUGUCGACACCUUAUUAAAGGACCUGUGCAAAAUAUAUACCAUCCUUACAGCAUUUGUCAGAUAUAAUCUCCAGGUAUGUCCGAGCUCUGGAGGAAUUCCAAAAAAUGUGGAAAAGUUGGUGAAGUUGUCUGGCUCACUUUUGACCCCCUAUUGUUAUUCUUUCAUAUCUUAUGUGCAGAACCGGAGUAACAAUCUGAAGUACACAGGAGAGAAGGAAAAGGAAAAAGCUACUAUUCCCGCAGUAACGGCCACCAAAGUUCUUCGGGAAACCAAGCCAAUCCCUAACCUGAUUUUCGCCAUUGAACAGUAUGAAAAAUUUCUCAUCCAGCUAUCUAAAAAGUCCAAGGUGAACCUGAUGCAGUACAUGAAGUUCAGCACCUCCCGGGACUUCAAGAUCAAGGGGAGCGUCCUGGACAUGGUUCUUCGGGAGGAUGCGGAAGACAGAAAUGAAGAGGGCACUGCAUCAGCACACAAGAGACAGGACAAAGAACCAGCCAAAAAAAGGAAAAAAUUAAAUGCCUGAGUUAAAUUAACCUUUGGGGCUUCUACUUUCUUUGUACCCAAAAGUGCCCCUUUUCCUAUAGCCCAAGAUGAUGUUGGCAUCUUGGUUCUAAACCCACUGAACUCAAGUGUCCAUUAGAAGGAAUCCUGUUACUGAGAAACUGCUGUCUUGGGCAAGCCCUUUUGCAAAAAGCAUGGCUGAAAGCCUGAGUUAGGAGACAUCACUGCCCAACGAAGCUCCAUAGGAGCAAAUACAGAGCACCUCCAGGCGGCGCUAGGCUACGGUCCAGGCUGGCUUCGUUUGUCCAAGGAGCCUUUGGUGAGUUCAAUUAUCUGGUAAAUAUCCAGUGCUUCACCUGAAAGACAGUUACAGUUGGUUAGGAUGAAGAGUUGUGACUGAGAGAGAACUCAGAAAAGAAUCUGGAACUUCAUGUCAAGGUCAAAGGAGAGUGGGUGGAAGAACUAACAAUAAUAACUAGGAAUGGUAAAAAGGUUGUCUCAAAUACAUCUCAAACAAGUUACUGUUUGAACAUUACAGUUUUUACCUAAGAAUGCACUUUGACUUACACAAUAAAUCCUUUAAACAUU